AUGGCUGUAGAUGAUGAAACAGAACCGCAGCAGGAACAACAACUAGAGAAACAGCAACACUCAGGUAAAAGUUCAACGAAAUCUGACUUACAUGACUUCAAUUUGAUUUGUUUGAAAGAGAAUAAUCGGUUGAGAAGUUUACACAAUUGUCCGAAGUUGAAAUUAAGUCGAAAAUUAAUGAAAUCUGCAAAGAUACAUUCUGAGUAUCUUCGAGAACAACGUCAAUUACAACAGAGACCAGAUUUUAAAUGUGGUCAAAAUAUGGCAUUGAUAAUUGGACAACAAGAAUUUAAAGUUGCUGGUCUCAACGCUGCACAAGCAUGGUAUAAACAGUCCGAAAAUUAUGAUUAUAAAGAGCACAGUCAAGAAUCAAGAGGCUAUUUUACGCAAAUGAUUUGGAAACAAACGAGUAAAGUUGGUUUUGGAUUCACUUUCGCAGAGACAGGAAACAUAGUCUUUGUGGUAGGACAUUACUCACCACCUGGUAAUAAAAGUGGGGAAUAUCAGGUGAAUGUCCCACCACAAGUAGAAGCCAAUGAAUUAGUCAUCAAAUCACACCGUUCAAAAGUGACUCAUACACAACCUAAACAUCCUAAGAAUAAUUGUCCAUCAGGUCAAUGUGUUAUUAUCUAA